AUGGCGCACAUUGUUCCUGGUGUCCCCACCAGCAGCGGGACUCACUUUCCCAAACAUUAUGCAAUGAGCCAGUGGAAUGAAGAUCACUUGCGCUUCGAGGCAGAUGUUUUCGAGCUCGAGGUCAUCGGAGAGAUUCCAAGCACAAUCCAUGGUGCCUUUUACCGAGUUCAGCCUGAUCAUGCAUUUCCACCCAAGUUCGCCGAGACUGAAAUCCCACUCAAUGGAGAUGGCAAUGUUAGUUCAUUCUACAUCAAAGAUGGACAUGUAGAUUUCAAGCAGCGCUAUGUCAAGACGCCAAAGCUGCUGGCAGAGCGACAGGCCAGACGAGCCGUCUUCGGCAGAUACCGAAACAAAUACACCGAUGAACCACUCGUUCGGGAUGUGCUCAAAGGCACAACAGCCAACACUCAUGUUGUCUUUCACGAUAACAAAUUAAUGGCACUCAAGGAGGAUGCGCCUCCCAUGGAAAUGGAUCCAAUCACCUUGGACACCAUUGGCAACAUUGACUAUCACGGCACGCUUCGCUGUCCCACCCAUACCGCUCAUCCGAAAGCAGACGCCGACACUGGCGAACUUGUUUGCUACGGCUACGAAGCUGCAGGCGAAGCCUCUCCCGAUAUCUGCUCCUUCACUGUGGACAAGGAUGGAAGAAUCACGGAAGAGGUCUGGUUCCAAGCGCCCUGGCCGUGUAUGAUUCAUGACUUCUGGGUGACGGAGAACUGGGUCGUAUUCCCCAUCAAUGGAUUGAAGGCGAGCCUGGAGCAGAUGAAGAACGGCGGCGAUCACUUCUACUGGGACGAGACGCUCGACCAUCAGCUCCUUGGUGUGAUCCCCCGACGAGGAGCGAAGCCUGAAGAUGCGAAGUGGUUCAGGACACCUCAGGGCGUCUACUCUCACACCAUUAAUGCCUACGAGGAGGGCGGCAACUUGGUGCUAGACGCCAAUGUCUGGACUGACGCACACUUCCCCUUCUUCCCCAACAGCAAGGGGGAGCGAUUCUUCACCGAUCCUGCUAAGGUAACCUCGCCUAUUCUCCGUUACCGAUUCGAUCCAAAGGGAAGCACCGACACGAUGGUCCAGCCUGAGGAUGUACACGUUCGUGGUGUGAACGAGUUUGGUCGCAUCGACGACCGUCUUCUGGGCAAGAAAUACUCUCGCGUCUGGAUUUUAAAGGUCGAUCCUACCCACCCUGUCAGGCUCAAUAACCACGAAUUUGCUGCUCCAAAUGCUGGGUUCAACACUCUAGUAUGCUACAACUUUGAGACUAGAGAGCUCCAAUCCUACCGUCAUGGGGACGACUCGACGUUUCAGGAGCCGGUGUUUGUGCCCCGCCACGAAGGGGCCGCCGGGGAGGACGGAUAUCUUCUCAUCCUCGCCGACCGCUAUCGCGAGGGAAGGAAUGUUUUGUUACUGUUUGACGCGUUGGACAUCACCAGGGGUCCCAUUGCCGAGAUCAAGUUGCCAUUCAAGUUGAUGGACGGCCUACACGGUAGCUGGGUGGACGGUAAAGAAGUUGAAGCUGCGAGGAAGGCCAGUGCAGCUCGAAAGGCAGAGGAAGAGUAA